GUAUUUAUAGCUUAAUUUGUGAAAUGUAAAAUUAGAAAGAGACGGAUAAUAAAUAGUAUGUGAGAUAUCGGUACGUGUGUCUUAUAAACUAGACACAUCUAUUUCUCAGUUGUCUUGAGUGUGUCAUCGCGUGUACUAUGAAAGGGAAAAUCGUAAGGUCCGACGUAGUUAUUAUAAAAUAAUGACAUAUCUGUGAUAUUUUAAGAAUUCUAAAGAUUUUAACUUAUUGCACUCUCAUCAAAAGUUACAGUGUUUGUGAAAAGUGUGAAUAAGUCAGCUAGAUUAUGUCAAAUUUCCUAUGAUAGUUGGCUAAUGUAACAUGGCCGCCUGAAGACUACUACAAUACAUGUCUUUUGUUGAAUAAAGUUUAAUAUUUUUAAUAAGAAAUGGAGCUGAGAGUGGGCAACAAAUAUAGGCUUGGCCGAAAAAUAGGGUCGGGCUCAUUCGGGGAUAUUUACCUGGGAACUAAUAUAUCAACUGGAGAGGAAGUAGCAAUUAAAUUAGAAUGUAUAAAAACGAGGCAUCCUCAACUACACAUAGAAUCCAAGUUUUACAAAAUGAUGCAGGGAGGGGUGGGGAUUCCGCAAAUAAAGUGGUGCGGUUCCGAAGGUGACUACAACGUGAUGGUGAUGGAACUGUUGGGUCCGUCGCUCGAAGAUCUCUUCAAUUUCUGUUCGCGCCAUUUCUCACUAAAGACGGUCCUGUUAUUGGCCGAUCAGUUGAUCUCGCGUACUGACUUCAUCCAUUCGAGGAACUUUAUCCACCGAGACAUUAAACCCGACAAUUUUUUGAUGGGAUUGGGCAAAAAGGGGAAUCUCGUGUACAUAAUCGAUUUCGGAUUGGCGAAAAAGUACAGGGACGGACGGACCCAUCAGCAUAUACCCUAUAAAGAAAAUAAAAAUUUAACAGGUACGGCGAGGUACGCCAGCAUAAACACUCACUUAGGUAUCGAACAAUCUAGAAGAGAUGAUCUGGAAUCUUUAGGUUAUGUAUUAAUGUAUUUUAAUAGGGGUUCGCUACCUUGGCAAGGUUUGAAGGCUGCCAAUAAAAGACAGAAAUACGAACGCAUUUCUGAGAAAAAAAUGACCACGCCAAUAGAAGAAUUAUGUAAGGGCUAUCCCAUAGAAUUUCCUACGUAUUUAAAUUAUUGUCGACAAUUAAGGUUCGAGGAGAGGCCGGAUUAUAGUUAUUUACGACAACUCUUUAGGACAUUAUUUCACAGACAAGGAUUCACGUACGACUACGUAUUCGACUGGAACAUGCUCAAAUUCGGUGGUUCGAGAGGAAGCCAUUGCGAAGAGAAUGGCGGCGGUGGCAGGUCGAGCGCGAGGUACGGAAGUCACCCCCCAGCCGUCCCCACAGAUUCUUCACCUGUUGCCCCACAAUCGAGGACGCGGAGGCCGCACGACUCACGCAUGGAGAUGGUGUCGACGGGCGGUAACGGUCCUGCUCAGAACACUCUCGACGAAGUUAUACGUGAAUCCCCAUGGAUGUAUGAAAGACGGGUGUCGAUGCGUUUGAGAGCGGGUGGCCAAGGCGCCCCCAAUGCUUCGACUUCUGACCUAAGCACUACAAAACAAGCGAACGCCUCCGGAGUGGCAAUGGUGCCCCCAAGCGGCCAAGCGGUGCAGCAGGGACAGCUAGGGGGCCAGCUCCCUAGGAGGGGUAGCGCUUCCAAGGAUCCCACCGCAGCGCCUAGACUCAAAAAUGACGAUUUUUUAUUAUUUUUUAGAUAGCUUUUUAUUUUUCGUCGGUAGAGUUGGUAGGACAAGGUUCGAGGACAUUUAUGAGACCGCUAGAUAUGACGAAACGGGUAAAUGAACUACUCUUGACGUCACACCAAAUAGUUGGACCUUAUGAACAUUUCCAAGAAAGUUAAUAAGUUCGUAUAGGAGCACUUAGUUUAACAUUUUAUUUCAGAUUUCUUCUUAAAUCUGUUAUCAUGUUAAAUCAGUUAAUUUGAUAAAUAAAUUUGAUUUUUAUGUCACAGUGAUUAUAUAUAGCAUUUACCCCACCUUUCUUCCAUCCUUUUAAAUAUGUAUUCUUAAAAUGUAUACAUAUACAUUGGGAUUGGUUUACUGUAAAGAGGCCGAAAUCAUUAGACCUAAAGCAGUAGACCGAACUCAUUAGACUGAAAAGCACUUUACCGAAACCUCACUAGAUCGAAAAGCAGGAGACCGAAAAGCAUUAGGUACAUAAUACAGGGUGCUAAAACAGGAUUGUAAUCUGAGCAAGGGUAUCAUCAACCUCCCUUCACCCUUUAUCCUGGCUUAGGACUGGCAGCACAAAGUACUGGCGAAUUUAGAGGUUGUUUUUUGUUGCUUUGUUUCUUUUUAUUUAUUUUUUUGUUUUUAUUUGUUUUUGGUUUAUUUUUUAUUUAUUAUGUACAAUACUAAAAAUAGUUUAGAGGUUGUUUUUUGCUUUGUUUUUUGUUUAUUGUUAAAUUCAAAUUGGAAGCAAAUAAAAUGUACCGUUAAUUUCUUUUUAUUUGUCGCAGUAAAAGAGAUAAGACAAAUGUAAUUACAACUAUGUAAAUGUUAUUUGGAUGGUUAUUAGAAACAGUUAAAAUGGUGUUAACGUCACUCAACCCUUAAUUUAUUUUUACCUUCACUAAUUUGUUUAACGGAUGAAAAUUAUUUCAUAUCAUACUGUAAUAAAUUACUUUUAAUUUAAUUUAAAGUAGUAUUUUGUAUUUUGACAACGAAACCCGAUUUGGGCUUCGAAACGUUAAUAAAAUCAUUUUUUCGGUAAAAUUGUGGCUUAUUUCCCAUUAAAAGUAAUUUAUUAUAAAAAUGCCACAAGAAAAUAGCUUCAGAAUAACAUUAUCAGGCUGUAUCUGUACAGUCUAUAUAUAAAAUAACACAAAAAAAUACAUAAUACAAAAAGACAUAUAUAAAAAAUCUUAGCAUAAUUUACUGCAAUCUUUUUAAAUUUAUGUACCAUUUCGGUCUAAUGCUGUUCAGUCUAGUGAGGUUUCGGUAAAGUGCUUUUCGGUCUAAUGAGUUCGGUCUACUGCUUUCGGUCUAAUUGUCGUGUACCAUUGGGAUUAUGUUGCUUUACUUAUAAUAAUUCUUGGUAAAUAAACGGCAUACCAUUCUUAAUUUUGUGAUAUCUUGAAUCAAGUAGUAACCCUGGUUAUAUAUUUUAUACAAGAAUAAACUUAAUUGGCUCUUAGUUGAAAAGUGUUAAACAGUAAUUUAUUAUAAAUAAUUUUCAUUACUGCCUUCGUAAAACAUCUCACUAUUAUACCGGGUGUUGAAUCGUCAAACGGGCCAUAGGAAACUCAAUGGGAAAUUCUAAAUUGUUGAAUUCCUGCUUCCCUACUUAUUUUACGUCAAAAGGCAUCUGAAACUAUUUGUAGAGAACUGAAGUCUAUUAAAAAAAGUGUUAGAUUUGUUCUACAAAUUAAACACAUUCUAAAAUAUGUAUUGCAAAAGUAUAAUACAUUUACCAGAGUAUUAUUAGUCCAAUCGUGAGAGAUUUGACCUAUAAAAAUCAUACGGACAAGCUGAAUUGUACUGGGAUAUCAAUUUUGGGACCCCAAAAAGAUACAAAAAAAAUUUGUCACUCCUACCUCCGGGCUUACUCCUAUAAGAAUUGUAAAAAAUGGCAAAAUCGCCCAAUUUUUAUUUAUUUUACAACUGUAUGGAAACUGACUUUAUUUGCGACGAAAUGCAAAAAUUGUAUACGAAAGCUGCCCUUUUUACCUUUAAAACGCAUUUUGAUUUUUGUCGAUAGGGCACUCUAAUCAGAAGAUAUCGAAUUUUUGCCGUCGUGUUGCUACACAUUUUAUUUAAAAGCUUGAUUUCGAGUGCGUAACUGACGUUCAAAAACGCAGGUCGUUUCCGGCGUUGUUUCUGAGAGAACGGUACUUUCUACACAAAAGUGUUAAUAAAUAUUUUGGGUCAAAAUUAGCUUAUCUUCAUUUCUUGUUUCAAACAUUUUUUUUCUACGCAAGUAUUAUUGCUAAAUCGAUGUUUUUUGUCAACCUUCGAGGGGGGUUUUAGAGGAAAGCCAGGGGGUAGAAGUGGCAAACUUUUGGAGGUCAAAUAUCUAACGAUUGGACGAAUGAUACUUUAGUAAAUAUAUUAUAUUUUUGCAAAAUUUUGGAAUGUGUUUAAUUACCUAUUAGAGCAAAUCUACCUUUUAAUAAAGAUUUCAGUUCUCUACAAAUGAGCCCAUCAGUAUCAAAUCCUGCUAAAUCCUAAAUGUUUUGUUUUCUCUUUUGUUACGCAGUUUCAAAGUUCAAGUACCUAUUAAUCUACAGGCAUAAGGUUUCGGCUCAAAACCUUCAAAAUACCACUGAAAUGUUAACGUAGUAUCUUGGUCCUGGGGGUUGUUACCCCGAUGAUGGGGUUGAUUUGUUAAAACACUAUUUAUCAGAAUAUAUUUAUUUAGAACACUAAAUACGACAGUAACUAGUUGGUGGACAACGUAUCUUAUCUAACCACGUCGAUGUCUGAAUAAUGAAUCUUUACUUUCUCCGUAUCUAUAAAUACAUCGUAAUUGUUUUAUGAUUAACUACACCUGGAUGUGACCGUGAAAAUACUAAUAGUAACAUAAUUGCUGACUCCGUUGUUUACAGAACGAGUGACCUACAUUGCAGAAGCAAUGUCACCCAUUUACGUAAUGUAAACAGUACAUGUAAAUAUUUGUUUGAGACUUUAAAAAAUAAAUCGAUAGGGAUUACUCUUAUUUUUUUAUUCUAAUAUAAAUCCUGUACAGUAGAAUCAAACCCUGCUAUGUCCAUAGUUUUAUGAACAAUAAAAUAUUUUUUUUCUUGUAUAUUUUGUAGGUUUACAAUAUGAAAAUAUGUAGUUUAAUACCUACUUUUACUGCAUUCAUUGCGCCUAAAAGCAGUUGAAAAUGAGCAAUAUUAUGUGGGCUUAGAAUCAAAAUCUGCUAAAUCCAAACUAAAAGUACAAAUUUCUGAAGAUGUAAGGCUCAUGCAAAAAAAAUGACUAUACCAAAUUAGUAUGCCAUUUUAUGGCAUUUAUUUAUACCAGUUUGAUUAAGAAAUACCGGAGACUUUUUGGGAAAUUUACAUUUUUAAUGCGUUUUUAGUCUCCUGAAAAAUUUCAAAAAAUGGAUCUAGUAGGUUUCGCUUCUAUAUUCUAUAGGCGUCAAAUAGUUUUUAAUGACUUUUGAUGUAAAAUAAUUAGAGAAACAUGAAUUCAACAAUUUAGAAUUUUCUAUUGAGUUUCCUAUGGCCCGUUUGAUGAUUCACCACCCGGUAUAUAUUGAAAGCUGUACAGAAAUUGAAUAUUAAUAAUAAUUACUAAAUUAAAAAACAUACCUAAACAAUUCUAUGAAAAUAUGGUUGGGAUAAAUGCCUGAAACUGAUCAUUAAAUCUCUUCACAAGAAAUAAAGUGAAUGUAAAUAAAUAUGCCUUAUGGACUUUAUAAUAUGCUACCAGAAGUUUAUUAAUUGUAAGUUUUGGUAAUCAAUUGAUCUAAUCAAAUAUAUAAAGUAUAUUAAAUUAGUUUUGUCAAAAAAGGAAGGUCGUCUCAGUUACAUACUGUAAAAUUAUGUACAUAUUAUAUUUUGUAAAAUCUUUUUAUCUUUAAUCUAUAAAUUUUUAAAAAUUAGUUCAAACUAAAGUAUGUGAUAUUUUAUAAAUUCAUCCACAUCUUUUAUAAUUUAAUUCGUGUGAUACUUAUUUAUUGCACAGUUUUAACUGUGUUAUUGUUUUUUUCAAUUUUAAACGUUUUUUAUAUACAAAUGACGUGAAAAUAGCAAAAAUACCGCGAGAAAGAAACUUCAACAUAAAUAUUAUAUAGUGUCUUAUAAAUGUCCCCGAAUCUAAUAAAUGAUUACCGACUGAAAGGGAACACAGGUAAAGUUGAUAGAAGUGAUAAGGACCAUGUUUAUAUGCAAAUGUGAUUUUGUUAAGUUUUUCCAACUCUUUUUGAGCUGUUUUCCUGCGCCUAUGUUUAUCUUUAAGUUAGAAAAUUGUAAUCAUCUAAAAAAUGUAUCUGCGAUCGAUGUUUCCAAAAUUUUGACUCGAAUGAAAUUUAGAGAAUGAAAGGACACCAUCAUAUGAAAAUGUAAUAGUCACUCAAAUACAGUAAAAUUUACAUGAGUAGAUUCAUCUAGAAAUUACAAUCAUUUCAUAUCAUUGUACCAGCUCUGAAUUUUUAUUAAUAACGGCGUACAUUGAUAUACUCAAAUAAAUGUAAAAUCAAAUGGGUUUGUACAUAAGAUAGAGAGAAAAAAAAAUUGUGAAAAGGCAUAACUCAUAGAUAAUCGAUAAUAAAUGACAAUACACUUCCAGUGACACACCGCAAAAUAUGGGUCAGCCUCACUCUGAGUUACCUAGACCAUUUUCAAUAGCGUUAAUAUAUUCCAGAUUAAUAGUAUUUAUGAAUAGGACAGUUUUAUGUAUGGACUUUAAAAAUGUGAUUUUCAUAAAUUUUAAUUACAAUCGACGCCGUUAUUAAUCAAAAUUCAGGGUUUGCGCAAUGAUAUGAAGUAAUUAUAAUUUCGAGACGAAUCUAUUCGUGUAAAUUUUAUUGUAUUUGAGUGACAUUAAAUUUUCCAUACGAUGUGUGGGGUAUCGUUUAUCCCAGAUACAUUUUUUGCUGCUUGUUAAAGAUUGUCUCGUCACGUCGAUGAUUUUUGCUUGCAGAGGAUUCACUUGAUAAAAGUAGACAUCUGUUUACUAUUGUAAUAUACAUGUCUGUUAAAUAUUUCGUUUUGGUAACGUUUUUUAUAACAAUUGUAUAUUAUAAAAGUAUAUAAUUUCCUGCUAUGUGAUAAGUAGCUGAAUUAAGAAAGUGAUACUCAAAGAAAAUACAAUAAAAGCGAAUUUUUUGUUAAUCGUAGUCAUACUGUUUAUCAAAUUUGUAAGGUUUUAUUUAAAUAUGUUUCACGAAACUUAUCAAUUCGUGUUAAAAUACGAAAAUUGUCAAAUCACGUAAAAUUAUACAGUCGAAACCGCUUAUUGGAAUAGCCUUCGUGCCAAGCAAAAGUAUCCCUAUAACCGGGAUAUUUUAAUAACCGAUCAUUAGUAGCUAGUAAAAAUGUUUCACGACCUCAAAUUUCUAUUCCUUAAACCGCGAUAUUCCUAUAACCGGUCUUCUAAUAAACGGAUUCGACUUUAUCAACAUAUAUCUUUAGUCUCACAAGUACUGAUAUUGAGAUACUAUUUCUAAAACGAUUAAUUUCAAUAAUUGAAGUGAAUUUCCUAAUAGCAGAAUUUCAAUUCCGUUCUAGAAAAAGUUUGGUAUCAUUGAUCAACUGUAUGAAAAAAAAAGAUUAUAACGGAGAUUUUUAAAAGGAUGCCCAUGAGAAUAUUUUUAAAGUAUAUUUCUGACACAAAACUAUCUAAAUAAAAACGAUUUUAUCACACUUUGUAUCCUCAGGUAAUUUGGGAAAAAAUUUAUAGGUAUAAUAAUGCUGUGCUCUGAUUUAAUUUGAACCAGAUAUUGUUUGCUUCACCAAUUUGUUUCAGUACAGUCUCCACCAAAUCAGUAGCAUUUAGAUCCGGAUGAUAAGGUGGCAGUGUUUAUAUCAUCUAUUAAUAAUCAAAUAAUUGCUUUAUUUAAAUAAGACUUCUUAUAAAGACAAAGAGAAAAACUAAAAAGAAUGGAUAUCAAAAAUGGGAUAAAAAUAUUAACGAAAUACAAAUAUUAUUAUAAAUCUGCACGCCAUUGACAUAACAAAACUUAAAAAGAUUUUAAUUAAUUAAAAGUUUUCUUUUCAACGGAUUAACUGUGCGUUGCAAAUAAAGAAAACAUUGAAUCAAAUGACAAAAUUUGGUUAAAUACGUACAAAGAACGCAACAUUUAUUGUUUAGUUAAUCCAUUUCGAUUUAAGUAUGUUUAAAAUAGAGACAGCACAAAAAUAUUAAUCAGCAUCAAAUAAUUUGAAUAAUGAAAUAUACAGGGUGAUUCAUUAAGAAUGUCGAAUCGCUGAGUUGUAGAUUUGUAGACCUCAAGAUAUUAAGAUUUGACCCCAUUCACUUAAAUAAAAUGCGGCUGGUUACUGAGUUACAGGGUGUUUUAUUUAAAAAUUUAAUAACUAUUUUUUUAUACUUGGCAGAAAGUGUAGGUACUAUACACUUUACUAAAUCAUGAUAAAUAAACGUUUCUACCACCAGAGGCGUACGACCGGGGCCAGUAAAUGGCUGACCCUUCCCAAAUUCUACGCCACUGGCGUAAUUGCUAUUUUAGCGCAAUAUUUAGAUUCUCCAAUACUUUCCAUUUAAAUGAUAUACUCUUCAUUUGUAACAAAAAAGUCAUUAGUUUUCGAGAUAUUUAAAGUUGAAAAUGAAACUGCACAGCUAUUUUGAUAUAGUCCCUUCAUUUUUAACUUCAAAUAACUCGAAAACUAAUGAUUUGUUGUUACGAAUGAAGAGUAUAUUAUUUACAUGGAAAGUAUUGGGAAAUCUAAAAAUUAUGCUAAAAUAGCAAGUUAGUGGCGUAGAAUGUGAGAAGGGUCAACCGUUCACUUUUAGCAUUACAGCGCGGUAAAUUUGAAUUACUCCGCCUAGUUUGAAAACUAGGAUAGAUUUUCCCUUUCUUUUCCGUUUGGGGCUGAAAAGAUAAAUUGUGAUGAAUUUUUAGAAAUCCAGUUCUUAACACUACAUCCAUUUUAUACAUAAAUUGGAAAAAUAUCGUUAAAAAACUAAUUAUUAAUAAUUUGCAACUUGGCAAUAUGUAUUUAUCAUAUGCUUAACCUCAAAUUGUGAAAUCCAAAAAUGUCAGGUGAAGGCGCUAGAUGUCGCGUCAGUCAUGCACAAAGCGUAUAAACGUCAAAAAGUGUAUAUAUAUUAUCAAUGAUAUCGGCAACUUGCAAUGCAAUGGGUAACAAAUUUGGUGAAAGUUUUCUAUAAGAUUGACUUAUUUUGAUACUUUUCUUUCGGUAACACGUUCUCUGUUGAGCUACUUUUCCACCAUUGUGUUUUAAUAAUUUUAACUAGCAAUUAUAUUAAUUUUGCUCAUUUAGAAAGGAAAAAGCGAGCGCGUGCAAUUCAUAUAAGAAAAUUUAGAUGUAAACGAUACAAAUGUUUUCUCAAAUAACUGAAGUGACUUCUGAACAGGGCAACGAUGUAUAAAUAUUGAGAAGAGAACGGAAGUUACGUAAUGUAUAUUUUUUCUGUUGUGGGAGAGGGAUGUAGAAGUUUUCACUUUGCUACGUUAUUAAUGUUGUAACUGAGAAUAUCUGGUGUUUAUUUAAUUUUGUUUAUUUUUUUCUGUAUUUUUUUUUAUUGGCACGCCUUUAUUUUAAUGUUAAAAGCAGCACAAUAAGAUCUAUUGAUGUAUUAUUGCUCUUAAUGUGAAUUGGAUAUACAAUCUGAAGAAGUUAAUAAAAUUAUAUAUGUACAUACAAUUAUUUGUACGAUUCCGAAAAGAGUAUUCUCACUUUGUUAGUUGGUUUUUCACCUAUGUCACCUAUAUAGGUGAAAAUAUACGGAGAGUCAGCUGUGAAUUUAUUUGUACCUUAUUUUCCAUUAUUCUUACCCAUGUUUGGACAGUUGGGACUAUCUUCAAUUAACAGAGUAUACCAGCUCACAUAUAGCAGCUGUUCUGUGGCAUAAACAAAUACCAGAUGAUAGUUAUCAUGGCAAAUACCAGCCGUGUAGUAAAGUAGAGAAUGAAUAGAAGUAAACAAAAAGCAUAAAAUCAACAAGGAAAAGAAUUUCCUGUAGUAGGCUGUAUACAAUAAAUCACAAAAAUUUAUAGAAAAAUCCUGUAUAGAGGUAUAUUUAUAAAUGAUGAAAUUGUUGCUGGUAUGAGCAUAUUAUGAAUAUGUUACGGUACAAGGAGCCUAAUACUAACAAUCUUAUUGAAGGUAUUUAUUUAUAUCAGUUUGAGGGCGACCAGUUUCGGCAUUCACAAUAUAAAUAUAUGCCAUCGUCAGUUCCUUCAGAAACUGAACAAACUAAAAAAAAUUAAAUUAAACUGCGUUACAAUACAGUUGCCCUAGGUUAAAUUUUAAGUUAAGUUUAGCGAUAGGUAAUAAGUGACGGAAGGUGUUAUAAGGUUGUUCGAAUAGACCAGUGCUAAUCUGAUGUUAACUAUUUUAGGCAGUAUAUGAUAUAUAAAGUAUUAAUAAUAAGGUUCUAGUUCCGAACAAGGGUAGACGGUUUACGGAUAUGAUAUUUAUAUCAAUAAAUUCUAUUUUACUUAGAUGAUUGUACAGUAAUUUUUUAUUGGGGCGAGCGUUAUUUUUCAUGUAAUUACCAUUUAAAAUAUGUCUUAUUUUUAAAAGCCACCGCCAUUAUAUACCAUGAAACAACAAGAAAUGACAGGAAUGACAACUGUUUCAUAAGCUCAAGAAGGGAAAUCCUAACAGUGUUGCCAUAGUUAUAUAAAAUAUAUUUUCUUAUGAAAACUAAAAUUUUUCAAUUUUUAAAUAUGUUAUGUUUUACUUAUUCUUACCCAUUUUUAACAGAAAAUUACUGCUUUGUUACAAGGGUCAGGUUAGUUCUGAUCAGGUGGUUAGGUUUGGUUAGAUUAGGUUAGAUUAAGUCUAUUAAUGGGUGCGUUCGGACGACUACAGCGGCUGACUGUCAGCACAAAGCAGCUUAUCCAACGCUAAUAGGGAAAGCUUAGUAAAUCUCUCAGCGGCUGACUUCCAGCGGUGUCGUCUGAACACCAGCGCUUACUCAGUUGUCCAGCCGCUGUGGUCGUUCGAACGCACCCAUUAUUAUAGUGAUUUAUGAUUAUAUUUUGUAGUAAAUAAAUUCUGUGGGAUUCCCAGACACACUGUUAAACAGUUGAGAACGUAUUUUAUGUAUCUCAUGAAUAUGUGCUCUCACUAAUUUCCGAAAUUUAAACGAACAUACCCGAAAUCAUGUUGCCAUGUAGAUGACAAAAGAUAAUUUCACAUGAAAAUAUGGAUUCUUGUCCAUUUAAGUGUACCAUUGAUUUGGAAUAUUUAUGCAAAUCUCUAAAUUUGGCAUCUGGUUUUGAGAAAUUGGUAGAUCCACGCAUUUUUAAAAAAUUUCUUGUUAGUUGGCCGCUGCCUGCUGCAUCAUAUCAUACAAAUUUGUAAUAAAGUGCAGUGGGUGUUACACCGAUUUUAUGGAAAGACACGCUUUGUUGUUAAAUAAAGGUGAAGUGAGACAAAAUGGUGUUUAGGUGUUACGAAAGUAAGUUUAAGUGCAAUAAAAUUAUCACAAAAGGAAAAAAACCAUCCGAAAGGUGUGGCUUUAAUCUAUCGACAAAGAAAGGACCUUUUUGCUUUUCUGAAGCGAGUAAACUGCCGGCAGAGGAAAUAAUCAUGUUGGUGGCAACUUUAUUACAAGUAUUUUUUUAUUUGUGGGUACUUUUACUAGUUUCCCCCAAAGAAAACAGUAAAAUUUCAGCUUUUUUUCACUUUUUAGGCUAUAAAAAAUUGGCAUUUUUAAGGUCUGCCUUUUUGUAAAUUUUUACCGUUUUUAUAACACCUUUUGUAGCUUAUUACCUGUCGCUAAACUUAACUUAAAAUUUAACCUAGGGCAAUUGUAUUGUAACGAAGUUUAAUUUAAUUUUUUAGCUUGUUCAUUUUCUGAAGGGCCUGACGAUGGCAUAUUGUGAAUGCCGAAACUGGUCGCCCGCAAACUGCUAUAAAUAAACAUCUUUAAUAAGAUUGUAAGUAUUAGACUCCUUGUACCCUAACAUAGGUAUAUUCAUAUUAAAAAAAUAAUUAAAAAAGCAUACAAUUAAUUUGUUGGUGAAAAUGUAGUAAUGGUAUCUGCCAAUAUCAAGGGGAAACGUUGUGAUAACUAAAAUAAAGACUAAGAUAAUUGAUUUCUUUAUUGUUUAAUUCAUUUCAACUUUGUAGAAGAAGACAGGGUGAGACUCAAUUAUUAUAGAAAUAUUUGUGAAAGAAAAUGAUAUUAAUAUCACACUAGGAAGAAAAUUCUAGACGAUCAUCACCUUAUAAAUGCUUCCCACAAAAGAGAUUAUAUUGUUUGUACAUACAACAUACGAGUAUAUAGAUAUAUUAUAUUAUAUCACGAUGUUCUUCUUCCUGGGCGUCUUCCUCCGAAUAUUUGUCCUUCUAUCACUAAACAAGCUAUAGUUUCCCGGGUGUUCCAUUAAAUGCGUAAAAUAAAUUAUAUUUCUUUGAAAAUUGACCUAGUGUAUUAAAGGACAGGGUCGUUAACUAAUAUUAAACGUGUAUAAUUAUUUUAAAUAUCUUUAUUGAGUCGCACAGAACAAUAUCUUUAAUGAGUCACACACUUACAACAUUUUUGAAAAUAAUACACAGCCGAAUUGUUAAAACUCUUAAAUAUGAAAUUAGUGACACACAAUUUGGCUUUAGAAAGGGUAUGAGCACAAGAGAUGCUUUGUUCGGCUUGAAUGUGCUGGCCCAGAGAUGCAUGAACAUGAAUCAGGAUAAGUAGUUAUGUUUUGUAGACUUUGAAAAGGCAUUUGAUAAAGUUGAACAUAAAAAGCUUGUAGAUAUAUUAAAAAGUAAAAAUAUUGAAAGUUGUGAUAUGAAAAUUAUAUGUAAUAUAUAUUGGAAUCAAACUGCCAAGGUAAGAGUUGACAACCAGGACACCCAAAAUAUCAAAAUACAGAGAGGAGUCCGUCAGGGUUGCGUGCUGUCCCCACUACUCUUCAAUGUCUACAGUGAAGCGGUUUUUCAAGAAGCGCUGGCAGAUUCAAUAGAAGGUAUAUCUAUCAAUGGAGAAGUUUUGAACAACUUACGUUUUGCAGACGAUACAGUAAUAAUAACGGAUAACAACAAUGAUUUACAAAACGUAAUGCAACGCCUUCAUGAACGCUGUCAUGAGUACGGACUGAAGAUGAAUUUAAAGAAAACUAAAUGCAUGAUCAUGACUAAAUUAGCACACGCAAACAUCAAAUUGACUAUUAAAGAUACUGUAAUUGAGCGUGUAGAUAACUACAAAUACUUGGAGCAUGGAUAACAUCAAAUGUAGACCAAACCAAAGAAAUUAAGACACGUAUUGAAAUAGCACGUGCAUCAUUCAUUAAACUUUGUUGUCGGGAUAUAAGGUUAGAGCUACGGCUAAGGAUGCUUCGGUGUUACGUAUUCUCUACUCUUCUUUAUGGCUUGGAAGCGUGGACAUUAAAACAAAUCCAUCUGAAUAAGUUGGCCGCCUUUGAAUUUUGGUGUUACAGAAGAAAUCUACGGAAAGCGAAAUGUGAGAAGACGAAGAACAUCCUGCCUUAAGAACUUAAGGGAAUGGUUCGAAUGCAGUAGUGCAGAGCUAUUUAGGUUGACAGUCAACAGGGUCCGCAUUGCCAUGAUGAUUUCCGACCUUCGAUAGAAAAUGCAACUUAAAGAAGAAGAAUUAUUUUAAAAAUAGGAAAAUUAAAAUAGACACGAUGUUAAUAAUAAAAAUAGAACCACUGAGCCAACGGGUAAAAAGCUUUAAUGCAUUUAAUAUUAAUUUUUUCAUAUUUGUAUCCCCCAUAGAGUCCGUGCAUCCUAGAGGCUGGAUACGGGCAACAAUACAUUGGCUUACAGGACGGUCCUUACAGUAGGGAUCCUGGCCAAUACGGAAAAAUGUAAGGGAUGUGGAGUAAUACUGUAGUUCAGUUGUAUUGGUGAUGUAUGAGUUAAGGCGCGCAGGACAUGAUGCUGAUAUAUAUAAAAGGCACUCAGGCAUCUGAAUACAAGAUCCAAAAAUCUUUUCUGGUCAUAAUAAUGAAAAAUUCUUGGCCAAAAAUGAAAUAAAAAAGAAAAUACUGAAAAAGAUUACAACAAAAACUGGAACAGUGAAGACGAGUUUUUGAAGAUAAAGAUUGAAAACUUAAUAGGACAAAAACAGAGUAUAUCGAAUGUCUUUAACACAUUAAAUGCCACGUGAGUUAUAUUUAACUCAUACCCUAUUUGGACAAGGCGUUAUGUGAGUUAAAUAUAAUUCCAUAGAUCAUCGAAGUUCUAAACAUGGAGCCUGAAAUAAAAAAAUAAUAAUUUGGCGGUUGAUGUGUUAAAGGUGGAGCUACUACAAAUAAAAUGAUAACUUUGGAUGGUGAAAUGAUUGUGAAAAGUAAUAGUUUUAAGUAACUAGGAUCAAUAAUAAGUUGAAAGCCUUCGAAAUGUGGACUUUGCGAAGAAUGUUCCGCAUACCAUGGACAAAUCGGGAGAGAAACGAGGAAGUCUUAAGAAGAGCAAAUACUGAGAGAAUUGCCCAACUUGAACAAGGUACAAAAAAUUGAAUACCUGGGCCAUGUCCUGAGAAGAAAAAAUGCGCAAUCCCUCAACUAAUCAUCCAAGAAAAGAUUGAGGAAAAGAGAUGACUAGUCGCAAACAAAUUAAUGUGGCUACGAAAUGUAAGAACUGGACAGGCAUAAAUAACACUGGCGAGCUUUUUUCAAGUCGCAAAAGACAUACGUGUGACCUUACGGUAAUUCGCCAACGCAUUAUAAUAAGAAGAAAGAUCGAUAUUAUGAAGUAAUGGGGAAAGAGAUGGAGGUGCGUGCAAUAGAAUUAUAAUUGGAUGAACGAAGUGGAAAAUAAAAAAGUUACAAUUUCUGGGACACGUAAUGAGGGGACAGCGAUAUGAAAUAAAGACUGAUAAUACACGUAAAGAUAUGAGGCGGAACGAGUGUAGGCAGAAGGAGAGUGCUAUGGUUGAAGAAUUUAAGGGACUGGUUUAAAUGCAGUUCUAUGAAACUCUUCAGAGCAGCGGUAAAUAAAGUAAAGAUAGUGAUGAUGAUAUCCAACCUCCGAUUAGGAGACGGCACUUAAAGAAGAAGAACGAAUUGGAAGGAAACGAGUGGUGCGGAAUAUGAAACUCUAAAAAGAAAGAGGAUCAACGAAUGCAUGUGUCGAAAAUGAUACUGUUUACAUGGGAGAGUGGAAUGACAAAAAAAUGUUAUAAGAACGAGUAUAAUUAUUGUAAAAUUUCAUGAUCAUAGAUCAUGUAAUCGAUGAUCUGACAUACGAUUUGGUAGCGAUACUGUCACAAUUGGCUGUUAUCCUUCAAAAUUUCAAUUAUAUUAACCUCUAAAUCCAAACUUGUAUCGUUAGAUUCUAAAGGUGCAUUCUCUCUUACGUACUGUCACUUUUGUUUGGAGCAAGAAUUGAACGAGAGCAUUUUAAAAAUGAGGCUAGGUAUUGUGACGAAAGUUGGAGAUAUAAAACAGUUUAUUUAUGAUCUAUAAUAUUUUAUAAUCUUCUUUUUAUUUUUGGUUUAUAUAUUUACUUUUUAUAUUUAUUUUUAAUUUAUUUACCGGCUGUUUUAUUGUCUUCAAAGUUAGCUGCUAUAAUUUCUCACACGUUUUCCCUCUUAUUUACAUCGCUAUAAUCAUUAUGUUCUGCUUUUUAGAGCUCUGGCCUCUCAAAAAAUAGCUCCAUGAGUCUAGCAUCCUUGUUACCUUAAAUUUUUAAAAGAAAAAAAAAUAUAAAUUGUAUAAUCAAAUAUAAAAAAUGUCCGAUAUAUCCAUGUUCUGCAAGUUAAAUAUAUAUUUUAAAUUAUUUCUUCCAUAAAAAAAUCUUAUUUUUAUUGAAUAAUAUGAUUUAUAUCAUUUAUAUAUGUGUUAUUUGACAACUUUUUCCAGGAAUUUGUUAAUUACAGAAAUUAAAAAACUAAAAAAACUCUUAACAGCCCGUUAAUCGACGCAUAGUCGCAGAUUAGGUAACAGUCCAUUUUUACCGCCGUUUGACAAGCGAAACUGGUUAAUCGACCUUUAGCAGACUCAAAACACUCAUGAUCGGCUGUUAACUAACGAUUAAUCUUUUGUCAGAUGAUCGACUGUGGUUAAAACUAGUUUGUUUGACGUUUCUGACGCAUUUAAUCUAUUGUUAAUCGUCGAUUACAUAAUUUUUGAGAUGAUCAUCCUUUCGGAAACCGGGCGUUAGUCUAGUUGCGGCACUGAUCGAUGUCAGGAUGGGGGAGGUUCAGAUGGUUUAAGUAUGUUGAAAAUCAAGGCGUUCAUCACCCAAUACGAAAAAUGGCUGAUAGUAGGAGAGAUAGACCAAAGAGGACCUGGGGGGAGAUGCCUACGCAGGAUAUCUCGGUAAAGGAGACAGACAGACCAAUUCAUAUUCCCAGACCAAUCACCCACUUCAAAAUCUCUUAAAAUUGACUUGCGCGAGGUGAUGCAAAUGAGCGCCUUCGCACUUGGCGUUGCCUCUACCAUUUCAUUAUUUUGGAGCAAUAUAAUUAGGAAAAAUAACAAUCUCUUCAGAAACAAAUCUGAAGAAAUAUAAUUGGGGAAGCACAGUAAAUACAAAGUGAAUGAGGAGGGCUGUGACAGUUGUCAUUGUCACGAUUUUCUAUGUGUGAAUUGUAUGUUUGAAUUGCUACAAAAUUUCUAAAGUGAAGAUUUUUUACCAAGCGGUGAUGUUUGUUUUUGUUUACCAAGUGGUUACGAGUUCCAAUUAUAAGCGAGUUCCAGUGAUUGGAGUCGCAACAUUGGCCUCAAAUAGACUCCAAAUUCAUUGAGUUAAUAUAAAAAGCCCAUAAAAUACCGAGGUUAACUUAACACCAAUCAAAUGAGUACCGCAGAAUAAGCUAUUAAUUUGUUAAAUACCGCCGUUAGAAUACGCAUUUAAACCCUAGCAAUGGUCCAGUUACCAUCCUUGUAUACUGUAAGGCCCGCCAAUAUCAAACUAGCAUCUUAACAUGUUUUCAAAUUUGUAAAUUAACCUAAUGAGCUGUUAAAGCAACAGUUUUUAUUUUUUUUAUAUUCACCAGAUAUAAGCUAUUUAUAACAUAACCCAAAUAUGUGAUUUCCCGGCAACAUAGCGAAGUGAAAACCAUGGGAAAUAAAAAUUACUACUAAACAUUUGCGAGGUAUUCAGAAAAAUACCAAAAUUUCGAAUUUUGGACAUCUCGCAGUAUUUGCAAAAAGAAAACCACUAAAAAUGACGAACUAAAUGUACAUAUCUAGACUGACUUUGUGUAUUUUGUUGUAUAAUAGAAAAAAUGAUAAUGUUCUUUUCAUUGUGCAAAAAUUUUUAUAAUACCAUGGUAUGUAGGUAGUAUUUACCAUUUUUUGUAUCAAGACUACAUUUAACUUUAGGCGUCGAUUCAAAGAAAGCAAGUUAUAUGUAUGAAUUACAAAUUCAUAAGUUAAUAUACGAAUUUUUUGACAAAUGUUUUUAAAAGUUGAUAAAAAGUUUUUUAGUUCCGUCUUUAGUGUAAAGUUGGCCAUCAAUUGACGGUCGAUUCCUCUUCUCCUUUGUAGUAUCAUAAAUGGCCUCGAAUCUUUCUUCAGUAGAGAAUAACCGAGCAUUAUAUGUGGCGAUGUGAGGUUUAUCUUUUUGACGCACUUUGAAUAGGGUUGGUUUGCAGUGGUCGGGUUUUUGGCAUUUAAAUACUGUGCUCGCUUUGCAUGUUAGUGAGUAUUCAUAUUUAUUCCCACGAGCAGCUGGGGACCGUUGUCGAUCCUGUAGAGCCUCGCGUACAUGAACAAGUGUAAUAUUCAAUGGGAUUUCGCCCGGUGUCCCAAGAACAUCGUUUAGCGGCCGCGUGAGGUGCGACCAUUCAGUUUUUAGCACGAUAGCUUCCACCUUAACUUACUUUUUUGCAUUUGGUUUGGAUUUUUUGCAUCUGGUUUUCUCCAUAUUUUUGUUGGGUAGGAUGGGAAGGGAAAUAAGGUGUAUAUGGAAAGAAUAUGCAGUAGAAAGAAAUGUAGAGUGACCCGUCUGCCUUCGGAAACCUAAUCGCCACUCGGGGUCGGAAGAAACAAGAGUUUGCCAAGAGAGAUAGAAAAGAUUAAAGAUAUUUUACUCAAGACAAGUUGAAGAAGAGUAAAACGUGAAGGCCCUUAUGAUCCGGCAGGUGCGUUUCAUAAGCGUAUGAGUAUUGAUACAUUUUGUAUUCCCGCUCAAACUUCGGGGUGUUGACUACAGACUGUAUGGCUCGUCCAGCAUGCCAUAGCAUGGAUGAUAUGGUGCACGCCACUUUACAAUGUAGACACCUUAAACUCCAUGGCCUGACCCAAAUCAUCGAAAGGAUAGUCAGAUUAAAAUGGAGAAGGGCAGGACACAUACUCAGAAUGACAGAUGGAGAGGUAAUUGGAAUGGAGAUUUAGAGGAGACAAGAGAAGCGUCAGCGACCACCUAAAAGAUGGACUGACCAUCUAAAAAGGCUAAAUAAAAAUUGGAUGAGAGCGGCGCAAGAUAAAAAGGUUUGGAAACAAGAGGAAAAGGCCGAUGUUCAGCAGUGAACUUUUGAGGCUAGAUGAUCGAUCAUCACUGCAAUUUUACAUCUGUUCACUUUUGACCCAAGCGCUACAUGUUAUUUCAUACCAAUUUCCAACAUUUGUAAUUCAUGAUAAAUUUUUCUUGUUAUAUGCUUCUUUCCCUCGUGACUUGACUCGUUAGGUGCUUGGGUUAAAAUCACUGUAUCUGUAUGCUAAGAUAUAGGAAAAAUAUUACAAUGGGACGGAAGAUGUAGAGUGCAUGUAAAAGACAAAAAAAAACUGAUUAAACAGGGAGACAUACUAGAAACCAAACAAAAUAAGUAGAGGAGGGGAUGAAAUAUCUUGGUUUGAAAAUGCAAACCAGUUCCAAUUGGACGUUCUGGCUUAAAACAGACGUUCAAAAAUGGAUAUCAUGGACUGCAUAGAUGGAUAGAACUACCAACUAUAUGGAUGUAGUUGUUGCUUUGAGAGUUUUGGUUUUUAGUGUGCAUUGUUAUGUUAUUUUGCCCAAAAAAGUUAUUUGUCUUAUUAUCAGCUGCUAAUAUAGUUUACAACUAUUUUGAAAACUUGAUUCCAUAUUUUGCCAAUUUGCAAUCAGUUUUGUAUUGAAAACAAGGUCAUCGCAAUUUUGAUAUAUUAUCUAAUGAAAAAUAAUUUUUAAAUAUUGUCAUUAAAUGGUUCCAUUUUGUUGGCAAAAGCAUGGCUGCAUUUAUGUUUUUAGACUUAUGUUAUCUUUUAUAAGUAUCACAUUAGUAAUUUCUUUAUAAAAGUCAUUCCUUGAUAAUUUUUUGCAUUUACUGAUCAUUAUUUUAACAUUAGUCAAGCAAGUAUUUUUCGUAGUACACUCACACACAUGUGGAUCACACUUUGUGGAUAGAGGUGUUUUAAGUCUUCUAUCAAAUUUAAAACACAGAUCAGGAAGAAAUGAAUUGUCUUGUUUAAUGGAAUAGGAUCAUAUGUCGCUUCUAUAACUGCAUUAUGCUGUCAGAUAUUAUUUGAAUACUGUUCUUUGUUGCAUUUCAACAUUAUAAAAAUGUUAUUCUAUCUCUAUCUAAGAGAUUCUUAUAAUAAAGUUGAUUUCAUGUCAUCAAAUUUAAUGCGAAAUCGAUAAAUAAACUCGUUUGAUGAAUGCCCCCAAAAGAUGCUGAUAUCAUUUUAGAGAUACACUUAAUAUGAAACUUGUUAGUACUUUGAAAAUCAACCUAUGAUACAAUUUGUUACAUUGAUAUUACUUAUUUUAAAUUGAAAGACAAAAUUUUACAUAAAGUUUCUAUUUUCGUUAUUUAUUUGACAAUAUUAUCAAAGAAAUAGUAAAGUCUAUACAUGGUAUAAUGAAAAAUUAAAUUGUUUCUUUGAAAAUAUUAAAAAUUGAGUACCUAAUACAAACAAACUUUCUUUGAAUCGACAAUUUAUUUAAUAAUGAAAUGUGUGUUAGAGAUCAAAUUGACUAUGAAGCUUCUAUGUAUUUUUGGGUUUAGAAUAAUUCAAUCGAUUAUAAACAUUUUGUGAAUAUUUUUUGCCAUUAGGCCGUAAAGACUAUGACAGGAUGUGUCAUUGUUUACGUUUGCUAAGAAUUAGUUAUGACACUUUUAGAAUGUAUUUGAACAAUAAGAAAGGAUAGCACAUAAUGCAAGAUAAAUUCCAUCUCUAAAAAAUAAUAUUAGACCAAAUCCUCCUUUUGUGUAGCUCUAUGGCUGUUUUUCAUCGUGCCUCCAGUAAGUUGUCGUUCCAUCGUUUCCGUGGUCUUCUCUACUCUAUUUGUUGUGGUCCGCGAGUAAAUGUGGUUUAGCCACAUUUACUCUUCUGUUUCUUACCCUGUUCUUAAUGUUCUACACCUUGCACCUCCGUCGUAUAUCUGUACUUCUACCUCUCUCCCAUAGUGUCUUACCAUCUUUUUUUCUAAUGGUUUUCAUCUCUGCUGUUUCUAGCAUUAUUUUUUUGGUUUCUCUGUCAGGUAGUGUUUCUGUGCGUAUGUCAUUAUUGGUAUCAUGACUAUUUUGAAAACAUUUUUUAAACUUGAGAUCGUAUAUUUCAUUUCUGAGUCAAAUAUUGGCGGUGCAGCUUAGUGUGUAUUCCAUUAUUAGCAUCUAAGUGACGAUCAUCAGAGAAGGGAACUAUAAUAUAUUUACUAGGUAUUACAUAGUUCUUGAUAAUCUAUUAUGAUGUUACUUUUUGAUAUUUUUGAGAAGUCUUUUUUCCUAAAAAUGCCUGUUAUUUCUCAUAAGAUUUUUGUUUAAAUUGAUUGCAUAGUCGGUUCGCUAAACUCGGACACAACUGGCUAGUGAUUUUAGUCGGUAAUUUUUUUGUUUUUGUCCAAUUUUGCCAAAAUUGGCAAAAUUAUUAAUUAUUUAGUAAUUAUUAACUAUUUAGUAAUUAUUUUUUUGCCAAUUUUACCAAAUUGUCAAAAUUACUUACUAAAAUCACUAGCCAGUUGUGUCUGAGUUUAGCGAACCGACUAUUCGCGGUGUGCAAGUACUUAAAGGGAUACGCGAAACGAUCGUGCGCGAAUAGCGCAGAAAAAUUGCAACUUUCUUAAAUAAUUCAUAUUGUCAAUUGAAAUUGUCAAAUUGACGUACACUUCGCGUCAAAAAAAAACUGGUACAACUCUUAUAACCGAAAAUCGUGUUUUUCAAGUUGUGUAAGUUGAUCUUGUCACAAGUGUCAUUCCAAUUUCUAGGGCAACGUUGCCAGUUCAACGAAAAUAUUAUAUCAAACUAGGUAAAAAUGGGGCUGUGCGACAGACCGCAUUUUUUAAUAUACUAAAAACUAAAACAAUUGUAAUUUUCCGUCAUCUCAAUUAAGUAUCCAUAUACAUUGAUUCGUGUUUUAUUAUAAUUUAUGAAAAUAUUUCAAUUCAAAAAUAAUGAUAGAUAAUAAAUCUUGACAUGACUUUAAAUUAUUAUGUUUAAUGUCAAAUGACAAUGACAAAACUGCAUUAAGUUGUGUAGAAUAAGUAAAACAUACUGGAAAAAUUAAAAAUUUAAUUUGAAAUUAAUACAAAAUGAAUAACUUUUACAAUUCGAAAUAUACAUUUUAAAUGUUAUUUUUUUGUAUUUAGAUUUAGUGCAAUUCCGUUAUUUGUGAUGGCAACGACGAAGUCAUUCACGAACAAUAAUUGUCAGUCUGAACACAGGUUUACAUUGGGAAAAAAAAGUGUACCAGUUUUAUAUGACGCGAAGUGUACAUUUCAUACCUAUUGUCAUUUAAGAAGAAAAAUUAUAUAUUGCUCCACAAUAUUGAUAUGAUAUGCAAUUAUUAUAUAAAGGUAAAUUUAAUUAAUUGUAUUUUGCUUGCAGUACUGCAUUUUAAUAACUAAUUUUAUUUACUACAUACAAUUAUUUACGUUUUAAUAACAUAACCUAAAUCUUAUUUUUUCUUCUUAUUAUUUUUUUGGACUAUGGCCUUGACAAUUAUCCAGUAUCCAGGACCAUAUGAUUGACCAAUAUAAUUAAAAGUGCGAAUAAAAGUGCAGAGCGUAGAAACCAGGUGUCGCUUUUCCGAACUUGCACGGUCCCAAUAACAAUAAUACAAUAAACAUAAUAGUUAAAAUACAUUUUAAAAUUGUAUAAAACAUUUUUAGGUAGCAAUAAGGUAUUAUAACUACUGUUCUUGUAUAUUAAAACCUAUAAAAAUGUAUAAGAAAAUCUUUUUAAUUUAAUGUAUUUGUAAGGAACUGAAUCAAUAAUUUUCCGUGCUUAUUUUGUGAUAUAUUAUAAUGAAGCACUUUUGAACCGUUAUACCACACAUAGAGAGAAGUGAUUGAUUCUGUAUGAUAAAUAAGUAACACUUACUUCGUUCCAAUCGCAUAUCUAUUUAUUAUGUAAUAGUCUAAGAUCCGAAUCUAGUUCGACUUUCACCCAUCUGUUUACCGGAUGAAACAUUUUUUUAUUAAAUUCCAUACAUAGAACAAUACGACUUGCAUAUGGGUUGCCUAUCAAAAUACGUUCAUAGCUAUCCUUAAGGGGGGACGUAGAGUUUGAAAUCAAGUACAUUUUUGUGAAUUUUUUAAAGUAUUAAAGAAUUAUUUUAUUUUUAAAUUAAAUAAGCAUAUUGAUUACAAUUCAAAGAAUAUUUAAGAAAAAAUAUUGAAAAAUAAGCCAACCGUGAAAAAUUUUUAAAGACACCUCAAAAAAGGGAAUUUGUGGUGGACAUCAGAACUCAGCAUUAGAUCAUGUGAAACAAAAAAUUCGAAAAUAUUUUAUUAUCUUAUGAGUGUCUCGAGGUAACGCUAUCGAGUUUUUUUAGUUUUAACGAUUUUUUACUUUUUGGUAUCACUCAGAAUUCAAAACAACGAAUUUUUUUGCAAAAAAUCGUGAAAAUCAACAUAAUAUUUAUUAAACAAAAAUAAGCAUAAAACUAAAUAUCUCGACAGCUUUACCUCACGAAAUGUCUCAAGAAAAUAUAUGCAAAAUUUCAGAUUGAUCAGAGCAAAAUUACCGGAAUAUACAGAACGUUGAAUAUCCCUACCUUCGACUCGCGUUGCAGCAGGUUCGCGCCAGUGCUCAAUACACCUGCGCAGCAGGUGUAGUGAGAAACGGUCAAUAGCUGUUCCCAUUCUCUUUUGUAAAUUACUCUGCGAUUUAAAAACAAUUUUCCGUUGACAAAACUUCAAACGCGUUUUUCUCAAAACUGCUUUUUUUCGAAGACGGUGGACAUUGUAACUCUAAAACUACUGGCCGAGCCACCUGAAAUUUUGUAUAUAUAUUUUCUUUAGACAUUUCUGGAAGUAACGCUGUCGAGAUAUUUUUUGUUUUAUGCUUAUUUUUUGCAAAAAUCACAAAUAGUGUCAAAAUAUAGAAUAGUGAAAAAUCAUUCAAACUAAAAAAACUAGACAGCGUUACCUCGAGAAACUCAUAAGUCAAUAAAAUCGUUUUGAAUUUUUUGUUUGACAUUCCGCAAUCCAUUUUUACAAAAUCCAUUUUUUAGGUGCCAUAAAAAAAUUGUAUAUUAGUUUUUAUUGUUGUGAUGGCAGAGAAAAAAGCAAGUUUAUAAUUGUAGUGACUUUUUAAAUAGUUUUUAAAAGCGACAGGUACGUAAUAAUUGUAAUGUUUCAGUAUCCUAAUAAAAAAUUACAUAGGUACCUACCUAUUUGGAAAAUUGAAAAUGAACCUACCAAAAUAGUAUGUAAUGCUUUGAUUUACAUAAUUUGAUCACCUUCAUCAAAAUUUCUACCAAUAUUCACCUAAUAUAUUGUGAUUCCACAAAAUAGUCCUUUAAUUCCACAAAAAUGAAACUAAUUUGUUUAAAUUCAUAUAAGUAAUAAACAACUGUCAAAAAGUUUAUGGUGUAAACGUUCAGUUUGUGUAUAUUCCCACAUGACAGAUACGCGAAGGUGGCUCAGUGGGAAAGCGCUUUGAUUUUCAAUCGGCGGGAUCGACGGGAAGCGGGUUCGAUCCCCAAUGCAAGUUACUAUUUUUUUAUUUUUUUUAUACAUUUUAUGAUUGUAUGUAUAUUAUUAUAUAAUUUUUUCAGAAAAUACGUAUUUAGUUAAAAUUUUUGGCAACAAUUAUUGUUCAGAAAUCAUUUCUUUGUGGCAUUUUUCAAUGUGUUUGUGUGUGUUUUAUUCUUUAAUUUUUUUAAUUUUUGGUAUUGUUUUAAUAAAAAUUUUUGGAAAGUAGUAAGUAUUAAAAUUAGUUUAAUAUUUAAAUUAAAUAUAAAUAAACUGUUUAAAGUAUAUUGAUUUCGUUGAAAUCAUGUAAUAGAAGUAUAACUUCUUACGUGCGUACAAAGUACACACAGUCUUUUUCUUUAAUAUUCUUUGAAUUUUACUGAAUAUGCAUAUUUAAUUUAAAAAUUAAAUAAUUUUACCAUACUUUAAAAGAAAUAACAAAUUCUUGAAAUGUUGAUUUCAAACCCUAUGUUCCCCGUUGGAUAGUUAUGAGCAUAUUUUGAUAGGCAACCGGUUUCAUCCGGUAAAAAGAUGGUUGAAGGUCGACCUAGAUUCGGAUACUAUAACUUACUGACCCUUUUUUACCAGUUCCUCUUUAUACAUUGACAUAUCCUGUACUGCGUCUGUCUUAGACUGUAUAAUAUUAUAUUAAUUUUGUUAUUAGAAAAUACUUGGUUUGAUUUACAAACGAAUAUCUAUCCUAUCGUUCUUAUUUUUUUUAUUCUUCGCAUACUUAUUCAUUAUUAGUUUGUAAAAAAUAUUUUUUUAACGAGUCACUGGAUUGUUAAACGUGCUCUUGUAGAGUAACGUGUGAUUCACAUAUAAGUGUUUUAAUGGCUUUCCUGGUGGAAGUCUCACAAUUUAAAAGGCACAAAGUCAAUACAACUUAUACUUUGAUUUUCAUUUUAAUUUGGGAGCAAGAAUGUAUGUAUGACUAUUUUCAGUAUAUGUAUGUUAUUUCAUACUAGUUUACAAUACAUCUAUAGAAAUAAAUCAAAAACACUAACAAAUGCGAAAAAAAUUGUUAAAAAUAAAUGCACAUAAUUUUGAGAAAUCAUUAAAAUUCGCGUGAUGAUUCUUUGCACACGCAUAAAGUAAGUACUUCUAACCAUCAUCAAUGAAAGACUCGAGACUAGAAUCAAUUCUCUUACCACAAAUUCCCCAAGAACAAUGCGGAUUCGUCCCACGUAGAGGAACACAUUCUUAAAACAUUAAAAGGGUAAACCCUGUAGUUGGCUGUAUACCUUUGUUAAGACAACGUAGAAUGAAGUAAACACUUCUGUUGUAUAUAGGUAUAUUAUAAAUUUAUUAAAAAAUUUUAAAAAAUUUUAAAAUUCAUCCACAAGGGAGUGGUUGUACAAAACGUUUUCGGUCAAACUGACCAUCCUCAGUGUAAACCUGGAAAUAAGUGAACCACUUAGAUUGAAAUGCAAAAGGGUGAAAUUUUGACAGUUAAAAAAGAAAAUGUGGUUACUUACGUCCAGUGUACAAGUAAUUGAAACUAGCCACUUGAAUAGGUGUAAAACCUCAAAAUAACAUUAUUGCUACAUUAUGAGCUGUAUAGUAAUCGACAAUAAGUCGAUGUCUUAAGAUUAAAAAUGUAUCACAUGUGGAUGUAUGUCAUCCUUGCUCGGAAUUAGCACAAGGUUGUGAUCAGGUGAGAGGUUAACAACCAACUGAUUAGACAGAUUGGUGCCUGAAAAUUCAUGACAAGAUGUCAAAGAAGAUAGGUGGAUUUCUCAAAUGUCAACCGAAAAAUUUUUGACAAUGUGCAUUAAUAUUUAACUUAAUUAUUCAAUUGUGAAUAUGCAACUAUUAAAUUUGUUUGAUAUGAAUUCUAAAUUGUAAAUAAAGGUUAAUAAGCUAUAAUGAUAUAUUCAUUAGUGCACCGUAAACAAAAGCAAAAUUCUACUCAUAUGCUGUGACGUCAUAGACUGUUUGUCUACUGUAUAGGACUGAUAAUAAUUAUAUUAAUUUGAGCAAAGUUAUAAUGAAUGAAUAUUAUUGAAAAUUAUAUAGAAAAUUUUUAAAAUUUUUUUAUCAAAAUAUGAUAUUUUAAUAGAGUAGCAGCUGUAGAAUUGGAAGUAAUGCCAAUAGUGAAUGGUCGGUUGCAUAUGUUUCAGGGAACCAACGAAUAUAAUGAGAAAAUACCAAUCUAUAGAUCUGUAAUGUGAAUUAUUGGAGGUAUUAAAGGAAAUGAUAUUAAAAAAAAAAAAAAAAAAAAAAAAAAAAAAAAAAAAAAAAAAAAAAAAAAAAAAAAAGGGAAGUGGAAUUGAAAAAAUGUAUGUACAUAUCUUAAUCAAGAAAUCUUCUCUAAAAAUAUUUUGUUAUGACUGAAUGUAAAGAGUUUGUCCCCAUAGAACUAUUGAAAAUCUAAAUUUAGAAAAAUUAUUAAAAAGGUGAUAAGGUAAGUUGCCUAUGUUCAGUGGACAAAUAAAUGAAAUAUAAUUACUGUUUUGAAAUUAAAUUGUGUGAAUUGUUAAAUGGAUAAAGACUGAUAUUAAAUUAGGAAAACUGCGCUGAAAGAAAUGUACAUGUUUUGAUCAAAGAAGAAAAUUAAUUUUGAUUGUAAGCUCUAAAUGUAAAAAGAAUAUGUCACAUAUUAAACUAUUGAAAUUCUAGAUUGAAUAUUGUAUUGACCAAAGUUGAUAUUAAGUAAAUUUAUUAAAUGUUGAUAGCUGAGAUUUAUUUUUUAAUUUUAACUCUUUAACUGGGACAAACUCUUUACAUUCAGUCAUAACAAAAUAUUUUUAGAGAAGAUUUCUUGAUUAAGAUAUGUACAUACAUUUUUUCAAUUCCACUUCCCUUUUUUUUUUUUUUUUUUUUUUUUUUUUUUUUUUUUUUUAAUAUCAUUUCCUUUAAUACCUCCAAUAAUUCACAUUACAGAUCUAUAGAUUGGUAUUUUCUCAUUAUAUUCGUUGGUUCCCUGAAACAUAUGCAACCGACCAUUCACUAUUGGCAUUACUUCCAAUUCUACAGCUGCUACUCUAUUAAAAUAUCAUAUUUUGAUAAAAAAAUUUUAAAAAUUUUCUAUAUAAUUUUCAAUAAUAUUCAUUCAUUAUAACUUUGCUCAAAUUAAUAUAAUUAUUAUCAGUCCUAUACAGUAGACAAACAGUCUAUGACGUCACAGCAUAUGAGUAGAAUUUUGCUUUUGUUUACGGUGCACUAAUGAAUAUAUCAUUAUAGCUUAUUAACCUUUAUUUACAAUUUAGAAUUCAUAUCAAACAAAUUUAAUAGUUGCAUAUUCACAAUUGAAUAAUUAAGUUAAAUAUUAAUGCACAUUGUCAAAAAUUUUUCGGUUGACAUUUGAGAAAUCCACCUAUCUUCUUUGACAUCUUGUCAUGAAUUUUCAGGCACCAAUCUGUCUAAUCAGUUGGUUGUUAACCUCUCACCUGAUCACAACCUUGUGCUAAUUCCGAGCAAGGAUGACAUACAUCCACAUGUGAUACAUUUUUAAUCUUAAGACAUCGACUUAUUGUCGAUUACUAUACAGCUCAUAAUGUAGCAAUAAUGUUAUUUUGAGGUUUUACACCUAUUCAAGUGGCUAGUUUCAAUUACUUGUACACUGGACGUAAGUAACCACAUUUUCUUUUUUAACUGUCAAAAUUUCACCCUUUUGCAUUUCAAUCUAAGUGGUUCACUUAUUUCCAGGUUUACACUGAGGAUGGUCAGUUUGACCGAAAACGUUUUGUACAACCACUCCCUUGUGGAUGAAUUUUAAAAUUUUUUAAUAAAUUUAUAAUAUACCUAUAUACAACAGAAGUGUUUACUUCAUUCUACGUUGGAACACAUUCUUAAUAUUCGUCAAGUUAUCAAAAAAUCUCUAAAGUUUAACAUAGAAACAUAAAAUAUGCUUUGUUGACUAAGUUCAAAUUCUAAUUAUAUCAAAUUCUAAUUAAAUGUUCAAACUGCUAAGAGACAGGUGGGUGGCAGCUUUAAUAUUGAAUUUAAGCUAAAAACAAUAUCUAUUUAUCAAAUAAACAUUUUUUCCUGUUUUCGAACAACAGUAAAAUGUAUUUCGAAUUAAAUAAAUGAUAUACAUUCUUCUUUUUGUCUCAAAUAAUUUAAUUCAAAAAAAAAUUUUGGGCACCCUGUAUAAAUAAUAUUGUUAACGUUUAUAUUAUUGAAUAGAGAAUUUAAUAACCUUUCAAAUGAGUUAUCACACGACCCCUAUUCUUAUUUAAAAAAAUCAUCGAUUGCGUCAUCACGCCCAGAUGGAUGAUGUCACUAGUAUGAUAUAAUAUAUGCAAAAAAGUUAUAAUUUAAAAAUAAAAAUCUACCUGAUUUGUAAUGUAUCUUCAGAGUCGUCCAUUCUCGAGGAAUUGAAUUUAUUCCAACUCAAACAUCCUCACUGUACCUAUAACUUCAGAGGCUUAUAUCUUAAAACCAUGAUUUUUUUGAGCUAUGCGCCCAUUGAGUCUUUUGUUCUACACAUCAAGGACUAGCAGAACCCAAAGUUUCAGAGCAUUUGACAGAGAGCCAUUCCCAUAAGGUUUCUGCGGGGUCCUUUGACAAGACACUGUUUUAUACUUUAUUUAACGUGGAACUCAAUGAUGAUAAGUUAAACGGUCAUCUUAUAAAAUUUAAGUAGCAGAAAAUAAUGUGUUUGCUAAUUAAAUAAAGAAAUCAAAACACAUAUCGUCUAAUGUACUGGUUUAAUCUGAAAUGCUUCAUGUUUAUUAAAAUGAAAAUUAUUACUAAGAUUAAUAUUAUUAUAAAAAUGGCUGCCAAAUUUAUUCAAUGCUGUUGGUUGCAUUUUGUUGUAUCGAGUUAUCAAAAUCUGAAGAUGAUCUCUCAAAGAGAAUUGAAAGCUCGAUCUAACCAAAUGCUACGCUAUUCGAUUCGAAAAUCGGGUUCAUUGAUAAUUAUAUGAAUCUUAUGCAUAACACUCUAAUUCUGGUUAUUUUUACUUUAUGCCUUUUACAAAAUCGUCUUGACUAAUAAUUUUAAACAUACAAAUGCCAAAAACAAGAUUUUUUAUAAAUUUUAAUUAAAUGCAAUUAAAUACCAGUUAAUUGAUUUAGCAGUUUUUAUCAUUUAUUAAACAAAUUGUAGUUUGCUUUAUUUCGGUUGAAGCAAUUGUUUUUUUUAAGUACUUGUUCAAGAUAUUUCGAAACUACUUCCAUUUUAUGUGUGGUGUUUUUCAUUGUCACAGAACCGUUCAUUUGAGAACAUACAAGUUCAAUAGAAUUAAGCUUAUAGUGAUUGGGAAGCAGUUAAUGUAUUAGAUUAGAACAUUCCGGUUUUUGCUAUAGGGCUUUUAAUAGUUUUUUAUUUGUUUCGGGCACUUGUCAUCUGUCACAUGAAUGUAUUAUAUGACACAUGACAAGUUCCCGAAACAAAUGAGAAUCGAUUAAAUGCCCUAUUUCGUCAAUCACAAUUGACGAAACCAUUUGACAAUUGCCAAUAGCCCCCUUUUCAUGUCAUUGCAUUUCUCCUUCCUCCUCGCCCUAAGUUUGAUUUCCGUAGAAUGUUCCAACGUCUAUUUCUAUUUGUUCUAGAAAUAUCUUGUAUCAUCGUACUCAAAAUUGUAGCUAAAAAGUAAUGUUGGUAUCACAUAUAUACAGUGCUAGCCAAAAGUCGUUUCUCCCGGUAUCUUUUGAACAGUUAUACUUAUGAUAGUGAAAUUUGGAGGGAGGAAAUAAACGGAUGUAAGCCUCAAAAAUAGUUAUAACAGGUGACGUAAUAGCGACAGAUGACGUUUCAGAGCCACUUUGACCGAUAAUUCUAAACGGGACAUUAUGUCAAGUGAUAUCUUGUUUGAAAGGUUUUGAAAAUAUCUAUUCAGUCAUACUAAUUUUUUUGGGUUUAAGUUAAUUUUGAUGAAUAAAUUGAAUAAAUACUAAUAAUGUAGUUUCACAUUCAAUUAAUAAAGAAUUAAACGUUCGCCUAUAAUUUAUUCAAAAAAGUUGACGUUUUUCAAUUCUCUAAUUGUUUUUAUGUCAACGUCAACGUUUUUGACAAAUAUUCAUUGGCGGACGUUUGAAUCUUUAUUAAUUAAACGCGAAACUACAAUUUUAAUAUAUAUUUCAUUUAUUCAUCAAAAUCAACUUAAAAUAAAAUUAUGACUGAAUAGGUAUUUUCAAUCCAAACGAGAUGUCACUUCUUGUCAUAAGGUCCCAUUUAAAAUUAUCGGUCAAAGUGGCUCUGUAACGUCAUCUGUCACUAUUACGUCACCUAUUAUAAAUAUUUAAGACGCCUACGUCCUUUAUUUCCUCCCUUUUGUAUAUCAGGACCUCAGAGAUAAACUACACUUAUGUCAUUUCUAGCAACUGUGCAGUAGAGCACUUUAAAUGUUAUAAAAAUCUUAUAUAUGACAUAAUUGUUUGAAAAAGAUCAUUGUAUAAUCCAACUAAUAAAAUGAUAUAAGUGGAUUAAAGGAACUUAUUCUAAAUAACACCAUAUCGACAUAAUGUUGUUUACCCCCGAGGUCCAGAUAUACAGUGCUAAACUUUUGGUUAGCACUGUAUAAUAUCAUACUAAUACGUAUUUGGGGAACAAGUCCCGAAGUGGAAAUCGAAAAUGUCAAAAUAAACUUAUUUUAAAGUAAAAUUGUGGCUUAUUCACAGUAAAAAUAGCAACUUGUAUAUGGUAUUAUAUUUUGUCAUGAAUUAUCCAGUGGUGUUUGGUGCCAGGUUACAAUCUUACUGGACACUUUAUUGGAAAUAUAUUUAUCACCAAAUUUUCUACCCCUAUAAAAGACAUUUUGAAAGAAAUAAGUAGCAAUAAAAAUAAUUGACGCAAACCUAAAAAAUAUUAUUUUUGACAUUUGUUAUACCUACUCACAAGCUUCUUAUUAAUGUUAAAAAAAAUAUUGACCAAAAAAUUAUCGAUAUGCGUUCACCAUUCUGUAAUUAAAAAAAUACUAUUAAUUAAAAUAAAAAAUAACCAAUUUUUGUAUAUAUAUGAAAAUUACCUGGUCUUAAUGUUGUGUAUAUAUUUAAAUAAAAAAACCUCAAGAUAGUGCUUUAUUUUGUAAAAUGAAACAAAAUUUUGUGCUAAAAUGAACCAUUAGCAGCUAAACUAUUUUGUAAACAGGAUUUUUAUUAUUUUUUUGGUAAUAAUUUUCGGUUUCUGUUGAAAUGCUGAAAUUAACGGAAAAAUUGUAAUAUGAAUGUUUACCUUUUGUUCUACAUGUGUCAAAAAUACAUUCAGCAUUUGGUUUUAAUUUGCACUAUGUACGUUAAUUAUACAAAUAAAAAAAAAACUGAUUAAAAAUA